GAAAUUUUGGAUGAUCACAUGCGGGACUCAAAUUGGAAGAAACUAGUUGGACUUGUUAAGACACUCUUGAAGAAGCACCAACGAGCCAUCAAGGGGAUAAGAGAUACAAAGCUUCCUUUCAAUGAGCUGACAAGUGCAUUAGAUAAACAAAAAAUUGCUGAAUGGGAAAAUGAUGAGAAGAAGGCAAUGGAGGAGCGAGGUGAAUGUCUUGACAUUUAUCAGCUCAAGAUUGAUCAAGUUUGUCAUUGGAAUUCUGGAGCCCCUACAAUGGCUGAAAUUCGACUAAGAUUAACUGAAGCAGAGAAUGCUGAAACAGGAAGGUUAGGAAUAGUCUCUUGGAUCAUUCAAGGUAUCAACCUUGAGGAUGCCCAGGAUGGGUUAAGAUCAGAUAUUCGUCAACUCCCAUCUGAUGCCACUGCUGCUCAGAAGAAACUAUCAGCUCGUAUUACCAAAUUCCAUGAAACAGCUGAUGCUAUGACAGAGGGAAUCGAGCUGGAAGCAGGUAUAGUGCACACAGAUGAUCCUAGAUUUUGCAAGGCAAACGAUGAAGAGCAAGACUGGGAGAUUCAUCCUGUCAACCUUAAAGAUGAUUCAGAAUUGGUGGAUGAUGAAAUUCCAGCUGAAGAUAUGGGCCUCUGGAUGCCAUCAUCAGUUCCUCAUGAUCAGGUUUUUUCGGUUCAUUUAUCAGCCCUGCAGGCAGAGGAACUGGAGCUGAGAAAAGGUCAAGCCAAUAAUUGCCUUGAAAGGAUUCGGUUGGCUCUUGGUCAUAAGGCCGUCAUCUACAGACAACACUUUCGAAGUGCUAAUUCUGUGUGGACUGGGACAAGGUCCAAGCAAGAAGCUCGACGUUGCCACAUCAAAAUCGAGAAAUAUGUUCAGAGUUAUCAAAGGGCAAGAUUGGCUAUGGAGAGACUGGGCAUGGACCAAGAUUCUCUAGAAAAUAUUUAUCAAGAAAUCUUACCAGAACAGCUCAACAUUGACAAGGAGGUAACAGAAGAGAAUAGAUUUGGCCAGGGGUCAGACAAACUCGCUUGGUUUUGGAGAGUUAAUGGAGCAAAGAAGAGUCAAAAAGAUGCUUGGAUGAAUGAAUUCUACAGAGUGAACUGGCUGAAGGCCAAGGCAAGAUGGAACAGGUGGGAGGAGGAGUUGAGUUUGGUUAAACAUGAAAUGGGGUGGACGAUAGGUUGGUUCAAACAUCAAGAAGAAAAAUGGCAUCAACGGUGGAAUCAAGCCAUGAAAUCUGGUCAUCAACCUUAUGCUUAUAGACAGGUGCUGGUGUGGAAAGCAUUUGUGACGGAAGCUGAGGAGAAAUUCAAGGACAAGCUAUUAAUUAUCACUUAG